AUGGCCGAGGACAACCCGAUGCGCGCUAUCAGCGUCCGCAAGCUGACGCUUUCCAUCUGUGUUGGUGAAUCCGGUGAUAGACUUACCCGUGCCGCUAAGGUCUUGGAACAGCUCACCGAACAGCAGCCGGUCUUCGGAAAGGCUCGCUUCACCAACCGAAACUUCGGUACACACGACCCUCUACUAGUUCUCGAUUUGGAUUUAGAUUAGUUUAGAAUACUUCACGGUUGCCAAAAUUAUCCAUUUGCAAGCUUAAAUUGUAGCGGCGUACUGAUGAUUUUUUUAGAGGAAAACUGCGACUUCUCUCGAUUCACCAAAGCCGUAAAAAUCUCUUUCUAGCUCCCCCCCAAAAUUGCAACUGCAGGUAUCCGUCGUAACGAGAAGAUCGGAGCUUCGGUCACCGUCCGUGGUGAGAAGGCCGAAGAGAUCCUCGAGAAGGGUCUCAAGGUCAAGGAGUACGAGUUGAAAAAACGUAACUUCGCUAAGAACGGAUCCUUCGGCUUCGGUAUCAGCGAACACAUCGAUCUCGGUCUCAAGUACGACCCGUCCAGCGGUACUCCUUUUCUACAAGCUUACGUUGAGAUUUAGAGUUCGUAGUAACAGCCGUAGCACGGAUUCUACUCAAUCGUACUCUGUAAUGAAGACGUCAAAUGAUCCUCGUGAUUCGAUUCUACUCUCGUCCGGUCAGUUCACAGAGGCUUUGAGGCUUACUGAACGCUCUACGAGUUCCUAGUCUCUACCCUCUCAUCACUGAUUGUGAACAGGUAUCUACGGUAUGGACUUCUACGUCCACUUGGCCCGUCCGGGAGGUCGUGUUGCCAAGCGCCGCAACAAGCGCGCCAAGGUCGGAACCGCUCACCGCUUGACCGCGGAGCAGGGUAUGAAGUGGUUCACCACUAAGUUCGAUGGUGUCGUCAUGGACAAAGCCUAAAUAUGCACUAGUAGAAGCUAUGUGUAAAUGAGAUGGCGCGCAGGAGCUGCGAUUGAAAAAUAUCUCUCCCGAGAGCUGGAAGACGAUCUACGCAAGGAGCCUGAAGUGCAGCUGGAGGGUACGUAGUCGACGCUGCUGAAUAUGUCGAUCUCAAUCGAAAUGUUACUACAGUGUCGUGCUCAGGCCUAAGGCUGCAUUCGUCCUAAAUUCUUCAGAGAUAGUAUGUGACAACAGGAGAAAGAAGCCACUAACUCAAAGAAAAGCGCCCUUUCCGUUGGGAGGUCCGCAGGGAUGCAGCUACAACAGUCGCAAAAAUCGCCUUCGUGUUCAUUCGAAAUGAAUGGGCCACCACGUGACGCUUUCCACGUAUCUGUUGCGUAGCCUGACCAAAAACGGGGCUUUGAUCUAGAAGCUGGGACUCUGAUUACUUUGAUCUAGCAGAGGUUUAGGUUUGUGUCUGG